UUAAUGCAACCAGGCCGGGAGACGCCCCUCCCACCCCUGCCUCCAGCAUCAGCACCUCAAAUCGGAAAAGGGCGACUCGCGGCUGGAAGAUGAUGCUCUCCGGCCCGUGAUGACUGGACACGCUGCGAUGAGACGAAGGACCGAGAGAGCGCUGCGAGCAGCCCGUGUUUUUGCCUCGCUGCCUCCAUUCAUGAUGCACCAUUCAUGCAUCCACAAGAAUGGACGCGCGCGAUGAGUGGAAAACAUGAACACCGCUUCUUUUUUUCCUUUUUUUUGUAGCGCUUAUUUUCAAGACAACUCUCCAGCUCGUGUGAAGCGUCUUUGAUGAAGCGUCGUUUCAUGUAGGUCAAAGGGAUGAAGAGCCACAUUCUGUCUUUUGAGGGCGCCGCUCGAAUGUAGGGCUUAUACGGGAAAGCGGAGCAAACAAAAGGCAUCCAGACCCCCCUCCUCUGACGCACCUGGCUGCACUGUCGCCACCUGACAUGACAACGCAGAGCCGGGAGCAGAGCAGCAGGAUCAAGGGGCACCGACGUGCAGCCGGACGAGUGGACUAUAAGCGGAGUAGCGGAACCUCCGGGCGGAAGGUGGAGGAGAAGCAGCAGCAGCAGCAGCAGCGGCAGCCCCGGGGAGGCCAGAUUACAGUUUCUGGGGACGAGCGCCAAGGGCAGUGCGGCAGUCAGCAGGCAGACCAGGGGGAGGAGGCUGCAGAGAUCUGUGAUACUUACCCCUACAGUCCCUACUCUCCUCCAUACCAUCACACCCUGACAGUAUAAUGGGUGGAUGUUUUCAUGUUUGAUCAAUGGUGACUGUGAUACUGCCCAGCAUUUUCUCUCCCACCCCCCUUUUCCCAACUGUCAGUGAAGAUGGGUCUAGCUGGGAGAUACCAGAGCUGCGAGAGGGUCGGGUCAAGGCCAUCAGCGACUCAGAUGGCGUGAGCUACCCCUGGUAUGGCAACACCACCGAGACAGUGACCCUGACUGGUCCUACGUCCAAACCGUCCCGUCUGACUGUCAGCAUGAACGACAACUUCUACCCUAGUGUGACCUGGGCAGUCCCCAUCAGCAACAGCAACACACCCAUGCUGACCCACAUCACCAGGGACCAGAGCUUCAUCACCUGGCUAGUGGCCAUGAAUUCUGUCACCAAGGAGCGUAUCGUGUUGCAGACAGUGCGGUGGCGGAUGCGGGUGGAUAUAGCUGUGGAUCCAGACAUGCCUCUGGGAUCCCGGGCCUCACUGAUGGGCCGUUCCUAUCAGGAGCAACCGCACAUCCUCAACUACCAGGAGCCCAUUCCUCCCAACGCGCUGGGGAGGCCAAAUGCCAAUGAUGCCCAAGUUCUAAUGUGGAGACCAAGAAGAGGAGCUCCACUAGUAGUUAUACCACCAAAAUAAGAGGGUAAAGAGGUUCCACUGACUAAGUCUAAUUGUUCCCAUUGCUGAAAUGGGAGUUAUGAAGUUUGAUGAAGUCAUGAGUCUUAUCAAAGAGAGGACUGAUGGUUCCUCUGUGCUCAAGAUGCCAGUGGAUCUUCUAUCCCCAAGAGAUUUAAGUGAACCAUUGAAACAAGCUUGAGUGGAUAUUAUGUCAUGAGUCUGACGCAGAAGAGUGUUGGGGGGGAUGAACUUGUGUCAUCGACCAGGAGUUGAAUCAAGGACUGUUCGGCCCCUGACAAGUUUUGAACUGCAAUGAAAAGUUAUGCCUUCAUUUUAGUGAAGAAGGAACAUUGUUUUUAGAUGUAUCACAGAGGUAUUAGUCUACAAUCAGAACUGCAUCCUGCAUCCUUUCGUAGAUCUUAUUGCAUGAGAGAUUGAGAGACAAAAACUGCUUUUGAGACGUUUAGACAUCAAAUUCUUUUUUAUGUACCUUGACACAUGGAGACAUUUUGAUUGAAAACUCAGUACUGGUUAAAGAUUGUCAGUGCCAAAAAAAGGCCUUCAGAACAUGCAGUAUUAGAGUUAAAGAAUGUAUUCUAAAAAUUUAAGAACAAACGUCUUGUACUAUGAAUCUUUUUAGGUUAAGAUUAAUGUCAUACAUCCAUAAGAUUGAAUUAAGAAAGUCUGGAAGAGAAACAAAUCUGCUGUAGUUGUCACUGGAGUUUUGCUAACACACCGAAAUUAUGCACAAACAUAUUUUUAAGCCUCUGUAUUUUAGCUGAUAUUGUAUUCAGACGGGUGACAGUAGAGAUGAGCUGGACCUGUUACCACAUUGAAUAAAUAAUGUCAGCUGUGCUUUCAAUGAAUGUGGUGUAAAUGACUUGGAGCAGUGCCAAAAAAACAAAGUCACGUCAUACAUCAUGGGUGGAAUGUGGCCAAACUGAACUCAAACCAAGGCUAGAUUUGACGUGGCUACGAGGUAACGUUGCACUAAGAAGUUACAUGAAUCUUCCUCCUAUCAGGGAAUCUAAAUGUACUAUUAAAUUAAUAGUUUCCUUGAUGUGGAAUUAAACAUAACUGAAUUUA